UACCAAUUUUUCUAGACUAAUAGAUGAUGUGAUUUUAUUCUAUUUAUUUAAUUAAUUAAUUUACUUGAUUUUCUUGGAUAUUUGCUUUCAUCUUCUCCAUCAAAAAUAAACAAAUCAAAUAUAUUCUUCUCUCUUUGUUUAGUGUUAAGCAUCAACUAAAUAGAUACUUAGUGUUUGUUGUUAUGUCAGGAGCCAAAGGGAAAGAUAUAGCAGAAGGGUCAUCAAGAUCAGGUACUGGUGAUACCACUGACCAUCAGCAGCAGAGCUCACCGGCUCCGUUAAGCCGAUACGAGUCGCAAAAGCGAAGAGACUGGAACACUUUCGGACAGUAUUUGAGGAACCAGAGGCCUCCAGUUGGAUUGUCUCAAUGUAACGCGAAUCAAGUGCUUGAUUUCCUAAGAUAUCUUGAUCAAUUUGGAAAGACUAAGGUGCACUUACAAGGAUGUGUGUUUUUCGGAGAGCCCGAACCACCGGGUCCUUGUACUUGUCCGCUUAAACAAGCGUGGGGUAGCCUCGACGCCCUGAUCGGACGCCUAAGAGCAGCUUACGAAGAAAAUGGUGGAUUACCGGAGACGAACCCAUUCGCUAGCGGUGCUAUUCGAGUUUAUCUCCGUGAAGUAAGAGAUUCGCAAGCUAAGGCAAGAGGAAUUCCUUAUAAGAAGAAAAAGAAGAAGAGGAAUACUAAUAAUCCUAUCAAAACCCCUCAUGAUCACCACAGCUCCAGCUUUUCCAUGCAGUAAUUAAUGGGCCCUCAAAAUUUUUUUGGAGCUCAAUCAACUGUUACUUGGAUUGAGUGGAUGAUCUUCAUUAAUGGCAGAAGCAUUGUAAUGAAGUUGAUGAACAUAAAAGCAGAAGUUGAAGGGGGUAAGUAGCAUUUUCUCCUCUGCCUUACUAAACAUAUAGUAUAAGAUCUGUUAUCAGUUUUAUGUACUGAAUCACCUAUGGAAAUUAAAGUGAAUUUAUUUUCUCAAGUCUUGUUGCCAUUACAUCGUCCAUACAUAUUAAAUAGUUCUCGUGUAAAAAAAUUAUGAAGCUUAAUUGAAAUAUAUUUUUUUUAUCA